CCUGCAUAGCAAAAAAGGUGUUCAGCACUGCUGGUCGUCCGGACGCUGCCUCUGCGCGAGUGAACAGGCUCUGCCAUGGCCAUGCGCGUGCCGCUGCCGCCAUAGUGACUCCCCAGCUCUUCCGCCCAUCCUCGGCCUUUGCCAGCCCGCCGAGCUCCCAGAGAGCCGCUGCAUUCGAGACAAACAAUAUGGCUGGGCACUUCGAUGCCUGGCACAGCGUGCAGGGCAAUGGUAUCCCAUACCGGCCGCCGCCGACUGUGGACGAGGCAAUCCCGUACUCGCCCUUCACAUCCAUCAUACCAUUUGCGCUGGAUGUGAUUCCCUUCCCCACCGCGGAGCCUCCCACGCCGCCGUCGACCCUCACCCAAGAGCAGCGCCACGCUGCGAAGCGGACUUUUGGGGCUCUCAACGACGAGAUCAACGGCCAGUCCACUGCCACACAACUCAGCAACACACUGUGCCAGCUCAAAGCGCUGCUGGAUCCAGAAGAGCUGCCGGAGUACAUCUUCAAACCAAUACCGCAGCUGGCAACGCCGUCCGAAAGCCCCACCAAGCAUGUCAACGGUGCGAGCUCGAAAGUCUCGUCUUUACUAAGCCCCUUUGCGGCUAUGAUGCUGAAGAACACCGACGUUGCCUUUACUUCUUUUAGCCUCACCGCAAAUGAGCCCGCACGGCACGUCCACCCUGCCCAGAAAGUCACACCGCAGAUACAUACUUCCAGCAACGCCGCAUAUUCCCAAGACGCCGCGAUCCCGUUUCCUCCGAGUGCCCUCUCGUCGGCCACCAGUGGCACGCCGCUGCGCACAGGUCCAGCUGUCGUGAUCAAGCCUGCUUCUGUCAAGCGAGAGGAGUACCAGCGAUUCGACAACAUCACGCACGCUACACCCUCGACGCAGCGGAAAGUCGACAGCACUACAGCUGUCUUGCGUCCACACGAGCGAGAGCUUGCUGACCGCAAGAUUGAAGAAUUGGAGGCUUUCAUAGUCAAGUUGACUGAGGAAAGAGACGACCUGGACGUGACUGACAACUUUGCUCGAGUUUCUACGGCAGACGGUGAAAUGAACGUCAUGAGGCAACGAGCAAUGGACCGCCUGUCUGACAAGAUGGCGAAUGUCAACAACCUCGGUCACUUCCCUGAGCUACCGGUUGAUUCGGUCAUGCAACUCCAGAAGCUACUGGAACCCAGCAUCACGUACACUGGCCAGCUCACUCUCUUUCCACAAGACGAAGACUGGACUGAGGGCAUUGCCAAGUCUAGGUUGGCUCUGCAAGCUUCCAAGGUGAUCCUCACCUCCAUGAUCGACGGCCGCGACGACUAUCGACUGCGACCUGAAGAUCUUGUCGGUGCCGUCAUCGACCUCGUCAAAGUCAUUCGGAACGAGUGCAUCAUGCCUGUGGUGCAAGCACGGCGGUCUGACAGCCUGUUUGAUACAGCAAACUCGCGCAAGAAAGAGCUCUUGAGUGUUCUCCGAGGCUGUGGCGCAGUCCUCAGCCGCUUUGCUACCCUCAUUGGCAAAGUCAACCUCCCCGAGCGGGGUCUCAAUACUCUGGAAGAUCUAACGGUAGGACUCCUGGUGGAGCAGAACAGUGAUUCUGAGAAGGAUUCUGUUUUCGGCAUCAAACCAUUCGAGAGUUUCAGGCAAAAGGCUAUGGACGUUCUUGCGCAAAUCUUUGCUCAACACGCGGAUCAGCGGCCAUCCAUACUGAACGGCAUUCUCAGUAACUUGGAGAAACUGCCAGACAAGAAGGCUAGUGCCCGACAAUUCAAGUCUGCUCGUGAGGUGUCAAUCAUGUCCAUCUCCGCGCUCUUCAUGCGAUUUGUCCAAGUCGCCGCCAUGAACAAAGAAUCGCGGACAAGACCUACAUCUGAAGACGUCGAGCAAGAAUGGAAAGAGGAGGAUAGCGACUACGAGCCUGGCGCAAACAUGCCCAAAUCUAAGAUCCGAAUCGGCGCGUCUGCUCAGAUUGCCAAGAAUUUGGCGCUCAACGCGAACCACAUCGCCAGCACCAUUACUUCGAACCUCGUCGACAGAGCAUCCAACGUUUCCAAGACUGGCGACAAGCCUUUCCGCAACCUGCUAGAUCUCUUCAUUGAAGACUUUUGUAACGUCUUGGGCUCUCCCGAAUGGCCUGCGGCUGCGAUCCUUCUUUCGACACUCUUGAUUCGAAUGAGUACAAUGGUGCACGGCAAGGACGCGGCGAAGCAGACUGUCGUAGACAAGGACAUGGCUCUCUCGACAAUGGCAAAAGUGGGAUGUGGCGUCAUCGACUUCAGGCAUCGCCUGAAGCAGCUGAAGCGCGGACUUGACGCCUCGCAGUCUGAGCUCUCCGCCAAACUUGAACGUCUCGCUAACGAUGCUUUGACUGAUAACACCAAGGACAGCAUCAACCCCAUCGACUUGUACGAGUUUGAUGGGCCCUACCGUAUGGUUAUCGAGUCACUGAGCGACUACCUUGAGCUGCAACGAGGCCAAGAAGAUCCACACCUGCAGUCGGUCACUGGCUGUCAUGUUACUCUGUGGCUCGACGCCGUGAUUCGCGAAUCCAACAAGAACUCCUCGGACGUACCGCUUCCACAAGCAUUCGAGGACUUGCAACGCCACUUGGAGUCCAUGCUUAUGGACUCAAAGUGGCUCGAUCGCAAAUUUAAAUUCCAGGUGGUUUCAGAAAGCCAGGCCAAGUUGGCCGCUGGCAUCGUUACGCUUCAAAGCAUUGUGUGCAAGCUGUUACCUAGGAUCGUACAGUACAUGCUGCUGGCCACCCGGGACAAGGUCUCCUCAAAGCUGCGUUCAAGGGGCAUGACUGGCUUAGAGCAGCUGAUCGAGAAGGACCCGCGUGUCGUCGAUGAAACUACGGUGAAGACGCUUGUCGUCUCUCUCAAAGAUAGCUCGCCUAUGGUCCGUGAGCACACUCUUGGUCUCGUCGCGCAGUGCUUGGAGCACGAACCGAGCCUUGAGAGCUCCUUCUUGAAAGAUAUCCUCGACCUGACGACCGAUCCUUCGAACGGACCAAAGAAGAGGGCGAUCAAGUUGCUGAAAGGACUCUACACCAGCACACGCUCCCAGGAGAACAAGCUCCAGAUCGCCAAGGCGCUUCUUCUGCCAUCGCAGGACGACGAGAAAGCUAUAGCAGAGUUGAGUCGUGGCGUCCUCGAAGAGCUCUGGUUGACACCUCUGAAGAAAAACGAUGAACACCAAGUCAAGCUUGACCGCGCCCACAAGGCGAGCGUGAUGACAGAUGUUGUUGAGAGGAUACACAAGCAGCCAGUACUUCUGGACGCCUUUGAAAAGUUUCUUGUGCAUUGUUUGUCUGAUGAUGCCAAAGCACAGAAGUCGAAUAUACAGCUCUGCAAAGAACUCAUUGCCGAACUGUUUGACAAGGCAAUCGAGGUGGACUCCACUGGCGCCAAGUCUCCGCAGGCAAAGAUACUGGACACGCUGAGCAUCUUUGCCAAAGUCGAUUCGACUCUGUUCACCAUGGCUCAGGUGGACGACCUCAAGAUUCACAUCAUCGAUCUCAAACAGGCGAGCGAACUUGCUGUCAUCCAACCGAUUGUCAGAAUCUUCCGACAUGUGUUCCCCACACUGCCAUUCUUGGAUCCGAAACUUGCGGAGCACGUACGCGUCAAUCUCAUGCGAGUCGUGCAGAGGCUGGCCAAUUGGGCAAGCCAGGGCCACGUCCCUAGUCGGGACACAUUGACCGAUGUUGCACACUGCUUGUGGACUAUCUGUCCUCUGGUUGACCUCGGUUUGGACAAGCUCUUCCAAAUGAUUUUCAGCACCCUUUGCCUCUUGCGACCAUUGAUAGCACCCAAGCAGAAGGAAGCCGACCGGGCGAAACAAAAGGAGACUGUGGCAGCCAAACGCAGUACGGUGUGUGCCUGUCUUGUCUUGCUUGGCACGUUCGGCAAAGUCUGUACUUUCGAUGAGCACACCAAACGAUUCAUGGAGAGGCUUUCGAACUAUGCCCGAGUCCAGGUCUCGAAGAAAGCAGCUGCGGAAGAGGAUCUAGCCGCGUUGAUCAAGGGCUCUUCGUCAGUGUCGCUAAUGCUUCUUGAAACUGUACGACCCUUCACCAUGCAGCUCUACGAUAUCGACACCCGCGAGCAUGCCAUGCGUAGUUUGGGCGGAAUCUGCCAGCAAUCUCCGGAGCUCUUCAUGCGCGCCGAGGUUGAGAAGCUGAUCAAGCUUGUAUUCUACAAUUCUGACGACCAGCUGAAACUCGUCGUCCUUUCCACCUUCGAGGCGUACUUUACACGCGCCGAGCGUCGGUCUGAGACAGGUUCGGCAAUUGCUGUGGGCGAAGGCGCCGUGCACGGAUCUGCUCGUCUUGAGUCUUCCUACUCAGCUACGGCGACUGAUGCUGCUACUACGCAUGUAGCUAAACAGUUCCUGCAGAGCUUCAAGACUAUUGCACUCAACAACAACAACGAGCUGGCAGAAACGGCAACGAACAUCAUCGCCAGUAUUAGUCGAGCCGGCCUGGAACAUCCGAAAGAGUGCGGCGCUGCUCUUGUGGCAUUGUCGACAUCUCCAAACAUCAACGUCGCUCAGGUGGCCGCUGUGGAGCAUAAGAGAAUUCACGAGAAGCAGGAGUCCUACCUCGAGAAGGAGUACGUCCAGGCCGUCCGCAUAGCCUUCGAUUUCCAGCGAGACGUCUUCGGUGACCCUCACGGGAUGGUUGAGGCCACCCACACUCCGAAGCUGGGCCACCUCUUCAAUGCUCUGAAGGGUGGCAAGAAGGCUACCUUCAAAAAGUUCGUUGAGAAUUUGACGAAGCAGCUGGACUUCGACUUCGCAAAGCUGGAGACUGAUGGAGAGAUUCCUGAUGCCGUUCUGUUUGCUCGGUUUUGUCUGGAGAACCUGGGUCUAGCCGACUUUACGACUCUCGACAUGGUCGCGUCCUUCCUCGACAAAACCGAGGCCAUCGUCUUGAAGGACACGGGUCCACUCGUAGCUGGCGAGAUCGACAAGGAACUGCCCCAGCAGGCUCAGACUGCGCCGUCUUUUGUGUCAUCUGAACUCAACGGACAAAUGCAGUCGAUGGCCGUCGACCAGGUUAUGAAUGAGCCCGCUCCGCCCACUGACCCUACGGCGCUCACCCCCGUCCCUCUCACAAUCAGCGACGACUGCCUACGAAAAUUCACGACCGCAUGUAUGAUCCUGCACAUGGUCUGGGAAACGCGCGCCUUUGUGCGCCGCGUCUACAACAUCCACAAAUACGGUCCCCGCAUCCCGCAGAAAGAAUAUCUCAAGCCCGCACAACGCAACAACUUCAUCUCGGGCAAAGACCUGCGCGACCGCCUGGCCCCCUACACCCUCGCGCUCACCUCCCGCACCUCGAUGCUCGCAUGCUGCACCUCGUUCUCCGAGCUGCUCAACAUCGACCGCGACGUCAAGGUCGGCGAGGACGAGGACGGUCUCGACGCCGCGCUGCUCGACGCCGGGUACGAGACGCCAACAGACACGGCGGAGGAGGCGCGCCGCUCGGCGUCGGUGCCGACGAGUGGCCGCGGCCGGAAGAGGAAGAGCAGUGUGUUGCUGGGCGGCACGCCGAAGAAGGCGCGCGGCGGCAAGGGCCCGGGCAAGAAGAAGCGCGCGAGUAGGACGCCCGAGGGGGACGAGGACUCGGACUAGGAGCCGGGACGGGCGGCGUGAUGCCGCAGCAGGAGCGGGAGCGGGAGCAGGAGCGGGAGUGGGAGUAAGAGUAGCAGCAAAAACGAUGCGGUUUUCACGCUCGGCAUACAAAAAAGGUUUUUCAUCGCGGCUGGGCUGGGUUUUUCGCUUCGUUGGCGUUUCGGGCGCGUGGAGAUACCCCCUUGGCAUGGAUGGGUGCAUGGCUACGGCGUUUCUUUCGCAGACCACAGUACCGGUAGUUGGUCGGCACCGUUCUCACCGACCGCGGCGGCUUCGGUGGUCGCAGCAGUCACAGCAAUCAGGCAGCGGUCGCGGCGGGCUGUGUCUCAUGAUACUUACUGCCCCAGAGACGAUGCAUGCAGCGCUACCGGGCGAGCGUGCUGCGCUAAAAAGCGCUGAAUAUGAUGUAUAUUUAGGAGGCAUAGUUAGUCGAUAUAUGUAUGCAAUAUAUUUAGGCGAUAUACAUACGAUACAUAAUCCAUCGAUCUAC